CAGCAUCAAACGGUGAAGGUAUUACACAAAGCCAGCACUCACACGUACCAUGUCAGAACUCGCGGUUGGAAUCAAUGGAUUUGGGCGCAUUGGUCGCUUAGUUUUGAGAGCCUGUCUGGAGAAGGGAAUAAAGGUGACAGCCGUAAAUGACCCCUUCAUUGACCUCAACUACAUGGUGUAUAUGUUCAAGUAUGAUUCCACUCAUGGCCGCUAUUCUGGAGAAGUGAAAGCAGAAGAUGGAAAACUUAUUGUAGAUGACAACGUCAUUUCUGUCUUUCAGUGUAUGAAACCCGCUGAAAUCCCCUGGGGAGAUGCAGGGGCACUCUAUGUGGUGGAAUCUACCGGAGUCUUUCUCAGCAUCGACAAGGCCUCUUCUCACUUGCAGGGAGGAGCUAAGAGAGUGGUUGUGUCAGCCCCCUCUCCUGAUGCACCCAUGUUUGUGAUGGGAGUGAAUGAGGACAAGUAUGACCCUUCCUCCAUGACCAUUGUGAGCAAUGCCUCCUGCACGACCAACUGCCUGGCUCCACUUGCUAAGGUUAUUCAUGACAACUUCGGCAUCCAGGAAGCCCUUAUGACCACAGUCCAUGCCUACACUGCCACUCAAAAGACAGUGGAUGGUCCUUCUGCCAAGGCAUGGCGUGAUGGAAGAGGUGCACACCAAAACAUUAUUCCAGCAUCCACUGGAGCUGCUAAAGCUGUGGGCAAAGUCAUUCCUGAAUUGAAUGGAAAAUUGACAGGUAUGGCUUUCAGAGUGCCAGUAGCUGAUGUAUCUGUGGUGGACCUGACCUGCCGCCUGUCCAGACCAGCCAGCUAUGCCGAUAUCAAGGAAGCUGUGAGAAAGGCAUCUGAGGGGCCACUAAAGGGAAUUUUGGGGUACACUGAAGAUGCGGUGGUCUCAAGUGACUUUAUGGGUGAUCCCCACUCCUCCAUCUUUGAUGCUGAUGCAGGAAUUUCCCUCAAUGACAACUUUGUCAAGCUUAUUUCAUGGUAUGAUAAUGAAUAUGGAUACAGCAACCGUGUGGCUGACCUCCUCAACUACAUGUUUUCCAGGGAGUAGUGGCUUGUGCGUCUUCCUUCACCUUCUUCUGGAUCAGUACUGCCCUCUAGGCCAUUGCACACUGCUCCGCUCCACUGCCACUAUAGUUUUGCUGUAAGGCCAGUUGCUUCCUGGGGCUGCCAUAUCCCCCUGUCCCCUGAUUCUACCUCCUUCUCUUGGAGGUGGCCAGUUAUUGCAUAGUUUGUGUGUUGCGUGUUUGAAUCCUUCCAGGGGGCAAGUGCUGAAUGGCACAUCUAUGCCCUUCUGCAUUGAGGAUAUAUACAGUCACGCUUGGUUGUUGUAGUACUCUCAUUGGAUGUAUUUUAUUCUUGGUGUUCAAAAACCUAAGUAACUGAAAUAAAUCUGAACAAAUUCACCCA